AUGUCAAGUGAUCGCAAAUCAGAACUAUACCAAGAACAAAAUCAUGAAGAACUUGAAUUUGAGCCUUACGCACAUCAUCCUUCUGCCCCAGCUCACGAGUCUUUUGAUAUUUCAACAACAGUUGAUCCUAGUUAUGUGAUUGCUUUGAUUCGGAAACUUCUGCCGUCGGAUGUAAAAGAUGGUGAAAAAGAUGCUCUUGAAUUGGACAAAGGACUAAAAACUAAAGAAUUAGAAGAGCAUGCUGUAAAUUUAUCUGAAAAUGAAGGGGAAGUUGAGGCUAUGGACACUGCUCAUAACAUUGGUGAAGUGGAUAAUAAAGAAGCUGUAGAUGAAGAAUUGCAACAUCAUCAUGAUAAGCAUCAAGGUGGAAUGGUGGGAGAAGAAACCUGGGAAGAGUGUGGAUGCAUUUUAUGGGAUCUAGCUGCAAGCGAGGAUCAUGCUGAAUUCAUGAUUCAAAAUCUUAUUCUUGAUGUGCUUUUGGCUACUCUCACGGUUUCUCAAUCUUCACGCAUCGCUGAAAUUAGUCUAGGAAUAAUCGGAAACCUUGCUUGCCAUGAAACUUCACGAAAGCAAAUAUCCUCUACAAAUGGACUGAUCAAAGUGAUUGUGGAUCAGUUGUUUCUAGAUGACGUGCCUUGCCUUUGUGAAGCAUUUAGGUCGAUUACUUUGUGUCUUCAAGGUGAUGAAGGUGUCGUGUGGGCUGAAGCAUUGCAAGCUGAGCAAAUAAUUUCUCGUAUUUUUUGGAUUGCUGACAACACUUUAAAUCUACAGCUUAUUGAAAAGAGUGUAGGUUUACUGUUAGCUUCAUUGGAAAGUCAAAAGGAAGUGGCAGACAUUCUUCAUCUACCUCUGAUGAAGUUCGGUCUUUCAGCACUUCUGAUCAAUUUAUUUGCCUCUGAAAUGAGCAUAUUAACAGGAGAGCGCACACCUGAGAGGUAUGAAGUUUUAGAUUUGAUUCUUCGGACAAUUGAAGCCCUUUCUGUGGUUGAUGAAUAUUCACAACAAAUAUGUCAGAAUAAAGAACUCUUUCAACUACUGAAUAUACUAGUCAAACUCCCUGAUAAAAUUGAGGUUGCCAACUCGUGUGUAACUGCUGCAGUGUUGAUAGCAAAUAUUCUGACUGAUGCAGCCGAUCUAGCUUCCGAUUUGUCACGAGAUCCAAGUUUCUUACAGGGUAUUUUUGAUAUACAUCCACUUGCUUCCAGUGACGUGGAAGCACGAAGUGCUCUUUGGAGCAUCAUUGCAAGAUUAUUAUCUCGGGUCCAAGAAAGUGAGAUGAGCCCAUCAAAUUUGCAUCUUUUUGUUGCAAUUUUUGCUACUAAAGUAGAUUUGAUAGAAGAUGAACUCCUUGACCAUGAGUUGGAUGAUGUAGAACACGAGAGCUCUGCUACUUGUGGCACUAAAGCAAAUGCCAAAAGAAUUGCUCUGAAAAGAAUAUUCGAUAUUUUAACACAAUGGAAAAUUCUAGAGGAUAACAGAAAGAAGGUUUCCAAGGAAGAAAACUACAUCAAUGAAGAAGAUGUUGAUAAAUUGUUGAAUAUCUGUAAUAAAACAUGGGGAUCAUGCAUAAUGGAUCAUUGUUGA